CCGUCGGACGGAUUUUCCCGACGUACUGCUGCGCUGUAGCCUCCUUUUAAAAACUACCUUCUGAAUCUCAGCAGUUCAUGGGAUUGAAACUAAAAAAAGACAGCAGGGUACUGACAAACCGAGCGGAGACUCAAGAAAAGGAUCUUUGUGCUCCAUUCGUAUAUAAGUGCAACUAAACCCUCUAAAACAUAAGGGAAAAUGACGCUGCGAGCUUGUGGGUUUAUAGUGUUUCGACGCCUUGUCGGCUGCAACCCCCCACCAGGGACCAUUGAGUAUCUUCUCUUGCAGACUUCCUAUGGAAAACACCACUGGACCCCACCCAAAGGACAUGUUGACCCAGGUGAGGACGACCUCACCACAGCUUUAAGAGAGACCAAGGAAGAGGCGGGUCUGGGGUCGGAGCAUUUGCAGGUAAUAGAUGGCUUUGUGCAGGAGCUGCACUACAAGGUUCGCGGCAGACCCAAAGAGGUCCUGUACUGGCUGGCUGAGCUAAGAAACCCUGAGACGGCUGUGACUUUGUCCAACGAGCACCAAGACUACCGGUGGGCCCCGCUGGAAGAGGCCUGCCAUCUGGCCGGGUACCGAGACCUGCAGCAGACACUGAGAGCAGCUCACAGACACCUGGAGGCUCGGCAGGACUAAAACUGAUGGGUUAGAAGUCCAACUGUGAAGAGGGUCAUGCAGGACAUAAAGUUUUUCUCAGGUUUUCAGUUUUUAAAAGGUUUUACUUCUCCUGCUGCAUCUACAGAUUGUGCAUUUUAAUCUAUAGUGCUGUGGGAAAAAAUGGAGUAAAUACAAAAUGUUGUUUCAAAUGAUUAUUUAAUUUCUCUAGGGAAAAAGUUAACAACUGCAAUCAAACUUUUACGAUAACUGGCAAUGUGUUUGUAAAAUUGCUAUAAGGUUUUCCAGCAUAAAUGGCCUGCUUAGCGUUCCACCUCAGCAUCUCAAUCGGAUUUAAGCCUGAACUUUAACUAGGCCCCCCCAAAGCGGGUGUGGAUUUGGCUAUGUUCUUUAGACCAUUCUCCGGCCGUGUGUGCAGUGCUUUAGAUAUUGUCCAGAGUUCUUUUGUGUCUUUCUGGAUGAGUCGUCAUUGCGCUCUUGGAGUAAUUUUGGUAGGACGGCUAUUCUUGUGAAGGUUCACUACUGUUGCACGAUUUCUCCAUUUUAAGGAUAUCCCUCUUACUGUAGUUCACCAGAGUCCUGAAGCUCCAAAACUAGCUUCAUAACCCUUUCCAUUGAGAUUGUUUCUCAUCCUAUUUUUUCCACAUAGUGCCAGGUUGGUUUUGAUAACUUCUUUUCUCCUAAUGAAUGAAAUCAUUUGAAAAUUGUUAUAAUAAUCUUUUCACGAUGACUUACUGAAAUUUAAUUGUGAAAAAAACAUAAGAAAUCUAAUGGGCGAAUACUUUUCACAAAACUGUAUGCACAAAUUCGGGCAACCUUGGAGACUCAUGUUUUUCAUGAAUGUGAUAAUGUAAAUGUACAGGUACUUCCAUGGUUAUAGUCAUGUAAUGGGGAUUAAAUAAAUGCUUCUUAAUGUGAGUAAUAUAAUGGAUAAAGUCAGUUGUAAGCUUUUCAUUCAACCACAAGGGGGAGACAAAGGUGAAUAAUUAAUGCCACAAGGCUUAAAGUAUGAGUUUGUUGACACAAAGUUGUUGCUGCUCAGAAAAUAAGCGUGCAGCGUCAUUGUUAUGCCACCAGUCAUAACAUGUAAGAAAUGCUAAGUGCAUAUAUUGAAGGCAAGUGCUCUUUUAUUGUGUCUUUUUGUUUGACUUCUAAUGUUCUGAUGAGAAACAAAAUGUCUUUGGAUUUGGAUCGGAGUUUGGAUUGUUUUCAAUUCAAGCUUUCAGGAUAGCCAUGUCCCAAAUGAUUGAGAAUCCACACUAAAGAUGUAAGAAAGACAUUUGAUUUGUCUAGAGAUGAAUGUUCCUAACAGAUAAAACAACAAGAAACCCCA